ACAAUGCACUUGACCGCAGGCAAUAACCAUUUUCCAGAACCUCCCCCCCUUGUUAACUUCUCCACCUUCACUCUCUCGAGCUUCUUCACUGCCGGCAGAGAGAUCGUUCGAAUAGAAGAAACUCCAGCAAAAACUCCGGCGAAAAUAUCCAGCGAUUAUUCGAAAAUUCCGGUUGAAAUCUGCCGUAAUUUUUCUGCAGUGUCGGUGGAAUGACCGCGAGUAGCGUGGCAUAUCAGGCCCCAGCACCGAGAAACGACAGUGUUUCGGGAAAGAGUCCAUUACAGCAAGCGCUGGAGGUGAACGCGUACCGUGUGAUUGCUGUAGCGGAACAGCUCAACAUGUGCGCACAAACUUCCGACCAAACUGAAAAAUUCCAUCACCUUUGUCUUGCUCUUUCCAGGGGAAUAGACUACGGGCUUGCAAACAACGAGGUGCCAGCCCACACUUCAAAGUUGCCUCCAGUUUUGAGAAAGGUGUGUAGCCGAAAAGAUGAAUUCUAUCUGCAAGCAUCUAUCAUGGUGCUUAUGAUCUCUGUUAAGAAUGCCUGUAAACUUGGAUGGUUCAGUGCCGAGGAUACUCAAGAACUUCUGGCUCUGGCAGAUGAGGUUGCAAACUUCUUUGUGACAAAAAAUGGCGUUAAUACUGAAGUGUGUAAUUUUCUGCCAACUGUUUCUACCAUAAUUUCCAGGUUUUAUCCAAGGUUCAAAUUAGGCCACAUUCUUGCGUUUUUUGAAGUUGAGCCAGGAUAUGGGACUCACUUGGUUGAUUUUCACAUCUCUAAGGACAUAAUAAUCUCAAAAGAAGAGAAAAUUUAUUUGUUCGUGGCUAUGAAAGACAACAUAGAUACAUCUGCUUGUAUUGUUACUCCCCGACAAGCGAAUAUCUUGCUCAAUGGUAACGCUGUGGAUCAUAGAAGCAAUUCUUCAAUGGAUCACCGGCCACAGCUUCCAACUGUAGUCAAUAGUUCCCUAAAAUAUGGAAUAAAUCUCCUUCAAGUGGUGGGACAAUUCGAUGGUCGUUGCAUUUUCUUCAUUGGUCUUAUGAGUGUCAUGCCAUCUUCUAGUCUCCAAGUUCCGUUAGAUUAUGAUGAGCCUGCCUCUGCUGCAUUAAACUCAGAUUCUGAGAUCAUUGAAGGGCCAUCCCGGGUUAGUCUUAAUUGUCCUAUCAGUAAAAGACGCAUCAAAAUGCCAGUGAAAGGAAACCUUUGCAAGCACUACCAGUGUUUUGACUUCAGCUACUAUGUUGAGAUCAUGUCAAAACGACCAUCCUGGCGGUGUCCAAGUUGUAAUCAAUCUGCGUGCUUCACUGAUCUUCGUGUUGAUCAGAAUAUGGCCAAGGUUCUACAAGAGGUGGAAGGGAAUGUUUCUGAGGUGAUUUUAUCUGCAGACGGUUCAUGGACAGCUGUUUCCAGCUAUAAACAUAAAGAUGUGCCGCACGAUCAAACCUCAGAUAAUCAGCAGGAAGGGCAUGAGCUGGAGUCACCUUCUGAUAUAAUGGAUGCUAGCAAUACGUAUGAUCUAACUGGUGAAGAUGACGAGAUGGAGAUUGCUGAUCGAUUGGAGCAAGUAGAUACAAAACCUGUGAUCCAUCAUAAUAUUCAGGGCCAGGGUGUUCCUUCAAAUUUAACCCUACCACCAAUAUCUAGAGGUGCCACCAUGUUCACUCAACAUUCUUCUGCACAAGCUGCAAAUAGUCCGUCUCAUGGAGCAGGGUUAAAUUUUGGUUCUGCUGGUUUUAACAUGAGGCCUCAAGCAUAUGUUGGUGGCAAUUCGCCUGGUAACUAUGGGAUAACUCCGGUGUUGACAGAUGCUGUUUCUCCUGCGCUGAACCGGCAGACUGAUAACUUCCAAGGGACUAAUUAUCAAACGAAUCCUAUGUUUAUACCAACUAAUAUGCAAAUGCAAGAGGUGUAUUCGCCGGAGCUUUUGAACAAUUUUCUUUCAAUAUCUAGAAAUGUUAGGAGAGAUCCGUCAGCUAUACAGGCCCUUCCAGCACCACAGAUGCCUACAAAUCUGCAGCACCAUGCAAGACCAUCUGUGAGAUUCCCUGCACCAAAUGGGUCCUCUGUUUCUUUCCAGGGGGCUGUUGGGUCAAAUGCACAUGGUUCUAUCCCUUUUAACAGCAAUGCUGAAAGGCAACGACCUCAUCUUCAAUCACAUCCCAGACCGUUUCAUGUGGUAAACAGUUCACCGCAAAACCAUUCAGCUUCCUCAGGUAUGCAUCAAACAUUGAGCCAGCCACCACAUUUAAUGCAUAAUAAGCAUCAAACGUUGAGCCAGCCACCUCAUCUAAUGCAUAAUAAGCAUCAAACUUUGAGCCAGCCACCUCAUCUAAUGCGGACUUCACUUCCUCGCAAUGAUCUCCAGCAUGGAGUUUCCCCCAGGGUUGGGAAUAAUAACUCACCGAGCACUCUCCAACGUGUCCAGCUGCCUCCACAAGCUUCGAUUGGGAGACAGCAGCAAACCAUGCCUCUCCCGACACAGGUGGUUCGGAUGCCGUCCUCAUUGUCUAUGCAUCCGGGAGUAACUCCUCAGGCUGUCACUAGGCCUGAAAACUUAAUCGAUUUGCAGUCAGAGAACAAUUGGAGACCCACUGGCAGAAUGCGAGGAGCACUGACGGGGGAAGCCUAUUCUCACGCUUUGAGCCAAUACAUGGGUCAGGCUGCACAACCAUCUCAAACUCCUAGUCCUAGACCAUCUGUGUUAGCAGCAUCUUCAAUGCCUCCUAGUCUUCAACUCCAGAUGGCCAAUAGAAGGAUUGCAUCUGAAUUUCAAGAUAGAUCUUCAACUACUACUGCAACUGUAUCUGCAACUGUUAGUACGCUGGCAGAGCCAUCUCAAGGGCUUAAUUGAUCUGACAUAAUAUCUUUAGUAGUGUUCAUUUUGUUUCGUGGAGGCUGUAUAUCCUACGGUAAGUGCCUCCCUGGUGUUCUUUUGUAGGCCUAGUGUUUUAAGUUGCUGUCUUUCGUAGCUUUGAUUUACUUGUUGGCUACUCCACUAUAAUGCUUGACGUUUUAGGCUUACUUGGAAGAUAGAUUUCCUUCCGGAAACCCAUGUCGUAGUUGAUCCCAAGUUGCUUAAGGUAAUGUAUAUUUUAUUAUGUACAGUAAUGAAAGCAAAUACUCUAGUAUUGGCUACU